AGUAUUCGAGUCACUUCAAAAGCACAAUGGAUGUAGAUGACCACUACUUGAUGACCAAACUUAAGUUUGAGGAAUAUAAAAAUACUGUAAAAGAACAGUCAGAAAACUUCAUCAUUAAUGAACUGCCAACGUUCAUUAUAGAACUAGAAGAACUCUUAACUAAUCCACAGUUCCAAACACCUAAAGAUAACAGCGUUCCAACACCAGGAGAUUUGGUUACAAAAAACAGUCAACUGACGCAAAUAAUGGACGUCAUUAAACCUUUUCUUUUGCAACUUACCGAGGGUUGCAAUUUGCUUGUAACCUGGAUGUCGUUCCAAUCAGUUAAGAUAACAUGCCAAAGUACUGCUGAUAAUGUCAUCGAAUCUGAUGUGAUGACAGGUGCUCAGCAAAUUGUGACAACCCGCUUCAAACUUUUCAACAGGUGCUUAAACUAUUUUGGAGACAGAGGAAAAAUCGUGGAAGACAUGUUUAGUUACCCAAACAUAGCUGCUUAUCAACGGGCCAUAGACGAAAUCGAUAGAAAAGUACAUUUGGCAUUAUUCAAACACCUCACUAAUAUAAAGAAGUUAUGUUGUACUCUUUAUGACACUUCCAGGAACCACUUGGAGAAAAUUAAAAACCCCAAACCUGAAGGUGCCACUGAUUUUUCCACUUAAAGGGCACCUCUUUAUUUAAAAUGAAUGUUUCCACUGUUAACACAUUUUUUCCAUUAUUAUCCUCAUUAUUUACACAAAUUUUUAAAGAAAAUAUGCUUCUCAAAAUAAUAAAAAAACAUGGUAUGGUAUGGUGCUCACAAAGUGAAUUUGAACCAAAUUAAAGUGCUUAAAUCAAAAGGUCGUUGUUGUAAUUAAAGUGUAACUUCUUAUUUAAAAUAAAUGUGUUCAAUGAA